GUUUUGUGUUGCCGGAUGUAUGGAUUUAAAUCAGCUGGACAUUUGUUAGGGCUCCUCUGCGUUCUACCCCCAAUCUGAUGGAUGGUCCAUCCAAACUAGUAGUUGGAUCUCAAGUCUGGGUAGAAGAUCAUGACGUUGCCUGGAUAGAUGCCGAGGUUUUAGAAAUCAAUGCUGAACAACUUAAACUCAAAACUUCUUCAGGAAAAGAAAUACAAGUUAAUGCAUCCGAUGUGCAUCAUAAAGAUCCUGAGUUCCCUGCAUCUGGAGUCGAUGAUAUGACAAAGUUGUCUUAUCUUCAUGAACCAGGGGUUCUUCAAAAUUUAAAAUGCCGAUACGAUAUCAAUGAAAUUUAUACUUACACAGGAAAUAUUUUAAUAGCCGUGAACCCUUUCAAAAGAUUGCCUCAUUUGUAUGCUAAUGAUAUCAUGGUUAAAUACAAAGGGGCAGCUUUCGGAGAACUGAGUCCACAUCCUUAUGCGAUUUCACAUGCUGCGUACAGGCAGAUGGUUAGUGAGGAAAUCAGUCAAUCAAUACUUGUUAGUGGAGAAAGUGGAGCUGGCAAAACGGAAAGUACAAAGAAUCUUAUGCAGUAUCUUGCAUUUAUGGGUGGUCGUCCUUCCACUGAGGGACGGCGUAGUGUGGAGCAGCAAGUUCUAGAAUCUAAUCCAGUUUUAGAGGCAUUCGGUAAUGCAAAGACUGUCAGAAACAAUAAUUCAAGUCGUUUUGGUAAGUUCGUUGAGAUUCAAUUUAAUGAGCGAGGGAUGAUCUCUGGAGCUGCUAUAAGGACUUAUCUGCUAGAAAGGUCAAGAGUCUGUCAAGUUUCUGAUCCAGAAAGAAAUUAUCACUGCUUUUACAUGAUAUGCGCCGCACCACCCGAGGAGUCUGAAAAGUACAAAGUUGGAAACCCUAGGAAGUUUCAUUACCUUAAUCAAUCAAACUUUUUUGAACUGAAAGGAGUCGACGAGUCUCAGGAGUAUCUUGCCACAAAGAAGGCUAUGGGUGUUGUUGGGAUCAACUCUGAUGAGCAGGACGCUAUAUUUCGUGUUGUCGCUGCAAUUCUCCACUUAGGUAACAUCGAGUUCUCUAAGGGCAGUGAACCAGAUUCUUCUCAACCAAAGGAUGAUCAAUCUCGGUUUCAUUUAGAAACUGCAGCUGAGCUAUUCAUGUGUGAUAAGAUAGCUCUGGAAGAUUCUUUUUGCACGCGUGCGAUUGUAACUCGUGGUGAAAGCAUCAAAAAGUGCCUUGAUCCAACUGCUGCAGCUAUCAGUAGAGAUGCAUUUGCCAAAAUAGUUUAUUCUAAGUUAUUUGACUGGCUUGUCACAAGGAUAAAUGAUUCUAUUGGUCAAGACCCCGACUCAAAGUUCUUCAUCGGGGUUCUGGAUAUAUAUGGAUUUGAAAGUUUCAAGACAAACAGUUUUGAGCAGUUUUGCAUUAAUCUAACUAAUGAGAAGCUGCAACAACAUUUUAAUCAGCAUGUUUUCAAGAUGGAACAAGAAGAAUAUACUAAGGAGGAAAUAGAUUGGAGUUACAUUCAGUUUGAGGAUAAUCAAGAUAUAUUAGAUCUUAUUGAAAAGAAACCUGGGGGGAUCCUUGCUCUUCUCGAUGAGGCUUGCAUGUUUCCAAGAUCUACCCAUGAAACUUUUGCAGAAAAGCUUUACCAGACGUUCAAAGAUCAUAAACGUUUCAGUAAACCAAAGCUGGCGAAAACAGACUUCACUGUUUGUCACUAUGCGGGUGAUGUGACAUAUCAAAGUGAGUAUUUCUUGGAUAAGAACAAGGACUAUGUUGUUGCAGAGCAUGAAGCUCUCUUAAAAGCUUCGAAGUGCUCAUUUGUAUCAUCCUUAUUCCCAACCACGGUAGAGGACGCUAAUAGUAAUAAAUCAUCCAAGUCAUUUUCAUCAAUAGGUUCUAAAUUCAAGCAACAACUACAACAAUUGCUUGAGACACUCAGUCAUACAGAACCACAUUAUGUUCGUUGUGUCAAACCCAAUAAUCUUUUGAAGCCUGAUAUAUUUGAGAAUCAAAAUAUACUGCAACAACUUCGGUGUGGGGGAGUCAUGGAGGCAAUCCGAAUUAGUUGUGCGGGGUUUCCUACUCGUAAACCUUACCAUGAAUUCGUGGAGCGCUUCAAAAUCCUUGCACCUGAUGCUGUAAAAAAAUGUGAUGAUGAUAUCAAGUGUACAGUGUUGCUAUUAGAGAAGGCUAAGCUUAAAGGGUAUCAGAUAGGUAAAACAAAGUUGUUUCUGAGAGCUGGUCAGAUGGCUGAGCUAGAUGCUUACAGAGCUGAGGUGUUAGGAAGAUCUGCAACAAAAAUUCAAGCAAAAUAUCUCUCACAUGCUGCUAACAAAAAGUUUAUCUUGUUACAGAAAUCAGCAAUUCCAAUACAAACUGUUGUUAGAGGGCAAGUGGCACAUAAUCGUUAUAUGCAUCGAAGGAAAGAAGUGGCGUGUGUGAAAAUCCAGAAAACAACUCGUAUGUUUCUGACUAUGAAAGCCUAUAGGGCGUUACGUUGUUCGGUUGUCAGACUCCAAGCUAGUAUCCGUGGGAUGGCUGCAUCAAACAUGAGCGCAGCUCAGGCUGCAAAUGCAACAUCUAUACUAGAACAACAAAUUGAAGAACUCAAACAGGCGAUGGCUGAGAUGGAGGAAGCUAAGAAUCUAGAAAUUUCAAAGUUACGUGCUUUUCUGAGAGAAAUUACAGAGUAUCGUGUAAAGGAAGAGGGGGCCGCAGACAUAGAAACUGGGAAACUCCCUCAACCUGAAGACAUUCCUAUUACAGGCAAUGAGGCAAUUGACAAGCUUACUUCUGAAAAUGUGAAACUUAAGUAUGCGGUUAGUUCACUACAAUGGAAAUAUGAUGAGUCCCACAAGCAGGCGACAGAUGCAGAGUCAAUGGUAAUUGAAUUGAAGACCUCCAUGCAAAGCCUUAAAGAAAAACUUUCUGACAUUGAAACUGAGGAGCAGAUUCUGCGCCAACAAGUGAUGAUGCAUCCAUCAAGUGCAGCUUCUAAGGAUCAACAGAAUGGCCAACAAGGAAGUCCACAGAGUUUAAAGAGAUUCAAUAGCAGCUUGAGACGUUCUGUCAUUGAAAAGCAGAAUGAAAAUGUUGAAGCUCUUUUGGCGGCUGUUAGACAAGAGCUUGGUUUUAGUCACGGAAAACCAGUGGCUACAUAUAUUAUAUACAAAAGUCUUAUGCACUGGAAAACUUUUGAAGCUGAAAAAACGAAUGUAUUUGAUCGUCUUAUUCUGAUGAUCGGUUCCGCCAUAGAGAAAGAACAUGACAAUAAACACAUGGCGUAUUGGCUAUCUACCACAUCUACAUUGCUAUAUUUACUGUAUAAGAGUUUAAGCCCAGCUGGAAACAAAGCAUCACAUUCACCAUCAUUUUUUGGAAGGAUGACUCAAGGAUUUAAUAAAUCGUCGUUCAGCGACUUAGUGCGCCACGUGGAGGCGAAGUACCCAGCUUUGCUUUUUAAGCAACAAUUAACUGCUUAUGUUGAAAAAAUCUAUGCAAUUAUUCGUGAUAACGUGAAGACAGAAUUGUCAUCAAUCAUCUCUUAUUGUCUUCAGGCAGCCAAAACCUCAAAACAUAACCCGCCUCCAAAUACUCACUGGGGAAUUGUCAUUGAAUGCUUAAAUGGAAUGCUCACUAUAUUGAAGGAAAAUCAUGUGCCACCAGUUCUGGUUCAAAGGAUCUUUACUGAAGCUUUCUCUUGCAUCAAUGUUCUCAUUUUCAACAGCCUUCUUAAAUACCAAGAGUAUUGCACAUUACAAACUGGUAAAUAUGUGAAAGCGGGAUUAGUUGAGUUAGAACAGUGGUGUAGUCGGGCUACAAAAGAGUAUGCAGGCUCAUCAGCAAAUGAACUUCAACACACAAGGGAAGCAGUUGGGUUUCUGGUUACAAAGGAGAAGUCUACGAUUGGGUACGAUCAACUGACAACCAAGCUAUGCCCUGUAUUAGGUGUUCAACAGCAUUAUAGACUAUGCACACUCUACAAGGAUGAUGAAACUGGAACUGUAACCCCAGAAGUUAUUUCCAAGUUGAAAGUUACAGCUGAUAAUGAAAGAAACUCUUUUUUACUGGAUGUGAAUUGUCGGGAAUCUUUCUCAAUAGAUGAAAUAAUUAACCAGUGUUUCAAUGAAAAAGAUUUUCCAAACGUAAAACCUAGCGGUGAACUCCUUGAAAACCCAGCUUUCCAUUUUUUACGGGAGUAGACCGUGGCUGGUGGUGGUUAUUUUGGCACAUCAAGAUCAUCAGCCACUACCACUCAAUUUUACGAGUAGAUUUAAUUAGGUAGGUUGCUCAUUGUUUUAGCGAUAUCCCCUGCCCUUGGUAUAAAAAGCAUUAUAUAUGUUAGGUUAAUUAGAUGUGUAGAUUAUAUAUAUAUAUAUGUGUGUGUGUGAGAGAGAUAGGCAAAAUUAAUAUGGGGACAGGGCAGGGAUGCAGCAUUCAUUCAUUCAUUAACUCUUCAAUUUAGGGUUUCUAUCUGAUUAUUAAUUAAAUGAUCGA